GUUCUUGGUUUGCGCCUGCGCAGUAGUGACUAUGAGAUCCAAGAUGGCGGCGCCGCCUGACAACGUAAAUAUUUACGAGCGUAUCUAGGAACAUCUUACAGCUUUCUGAUUGGUAAUAAAGAUGUCAAUCAUGCCCAAAUAAGCUGUGUGGUCUGUUUUAGCCCCGCCCACCGCAAUAAACAAUUCCCGCCGGCAAUUUCCCGCUCAAAUUACAUAAACAUUAUCGGCCCGUCGUGACAGGGGAUACUGCCGGCUUUACUUCUCCGCUCUGAUUUUCGGUAAAUUUUAGUGCAUUUUGCACUUACUUCCCCAGUUUUGCUGCCAUACUAUUAUUUUGAUCUCAAAACUACAUCAGUUUCUUGUUUCCUUUCAAUAGUUUAUUCUCCGUAUAGCUUUUGUUUUAUCACAAAUUACGACACCGGUACUUCGAGUCCCAUUACGUCACUGUUGUGACAUACGAUAUUUGUUAGGCCCACAAUUCGUCAUUUUUUCUAGCUAGUACUUGAUUUAUUGCUGUCAUCAGAACGCUUCUUGGACUUCUCUUACCUCAUCGUAACAAAUUGAUCAUCUAUUAAUUCCAAUCAAUAAGUUGUACAGGGAUAUGUGGGAUCAUGUCUUCUGGGGGGGGUAUUGAUUCACACAUUGAGAACAUCAAUAGACUGUGUAGAUUCUGUGGGGAAUUUAAUUUGACUAAGGCUGAGAAGGACAAGAAGCUGUCUGCCCUAAACUGUGAGCUGUACGCUCCAAAAAUCAAAGAAAUUUGGGGAAUCGAAGUUGCUCGAGACAGGCCUUACCUUCAUCCUAAGUUUUUCUGUCGCAAGUGCAGGUCUCGGUUGUAUAACCCUCCCAAAUUAUCCAGGGCCAAAAGAAUCUCUUGGUAUCCCCAUACUUUUGGGAGUGACUGUGUUCACUGUUCUAAAGUAGAAUCUCUGAGAAGAGGGGGACGGCGUCCAAUAAAUAAGUCUUCUGGGAAACCAAAGACUAAGACGUCAGGUAUUACAACUGAGAGCUGUGACACACAUCCUUCGCCGGCAUGUGAACCUGUCACGACAAGUGUGGUUCACGACCCCCCCCUUGUCAUACACGUUCCGCCAACCCGCAGCCUGGAAAGUGCUGCCAUUCUCCCCGGCAUCCAGUUCGGGCCCCCGGGUGCGGCAUUUUCCCCAUGUUGCCCUCCCAGUAUCCAGCUCGCGGCUGCAGCUGUAAGUCUCCGUCCCAGUAUCCAGCCCGCGGCUGCAGCUGUAAGUCUCCGUCCCAGUAUCCAGCCUGCGGCUGUACCUUGCCCACCCAGCAUGCAGUGUUGGCCGGUGGCUGUGCCGGCCCCCUUGUGUCCCCAGCCAGGUGUGAGUGGUCCUGUCACAUCCAACAGAGUGACAGUGGACCUGAACGAGGAAGGACCACUCACACCUGACCAACAAGCUGCGCUGUGUGUGAUGGUCAAACGGCAGAUGGUGGACAGAGCACUGUAUGUAAAAACUGGAGGCAAGGUAAGAAACUACAUUUGUUUAAGGUAUGCUUAAAAUCUGCUUUCAAUCAAUGAGACAUCAAUACAACAUUUUAGAAACAAUUGGUCUAUCAUUGUGGGCAUUGGUCUAUCAUCAAUACAGCAUUUUAAGAAACAAUUCUUAUCAAUGAGACAUAUCAGUUCAGUAUUCUAGAAACAAUUUUCUUAUCAAUGUGGGCAUUGUGGCUCAAAAACUGCCAAGAAAAGUGACAGCAUUCAAAAAACAUGCAUGAAAUGCACCAAGA